CAAAAAUCCCCUCCUCCCCCUCCUUCGUCUUCUUCCUCCCAAAUCCCACCAAGAAACGCCUCCCGGUUCCUCGCCGCUCCCUCUCCCCCUCCCCCUCCCCCUCCCCCUUGAAAUCUUUGAAGGAGGUUUCGAUCUCGAAACCGCCCAGGGCUCGCCCCGCAAGUGCAUGGCAGUGAGCUUCCUGGCCAAUGAGGUGUCGGACCUGUGCAUCGGCAAGCCGGCCGUGAGGUCGCUCCCGCUCUCCGCCGCCGCCGGCGACCUUGCCGCCGCGCUCCGGAGGGUGGCCCGCUCUGGCGCCGCAGCCUGCGUCGCGGUGACCGGACCAGCGCGCGCCGUCGUCGGCCGGGUCGGCCUCGCGGACGUGCUCUGCUUCCUCUGCACCGACCCCGAGGCGCUCGCGCGCCCCGCCGCCGUGUUCUCCAAGCCAGUCUCCGCCCUCCUGCCCAAGGACGGCGCCGGAGAGGUCCGCCGCGUCGAUCCCCGCUCCAGUAUCUUGGAGGCGCUUGAUGCGGUUCUGAGCGGGGCGCAGGUGCUCGCCGUGCCACUCCGCGCUGGCGGGCGCAGGAAGCAGCUCGUUGGCGGCGGCGGCGGAGGCGGAGGCGGUGGCGCCGCCGCCGGCGACUUCUGCUGGCUCACGCAGGAGGACCUCGUGCGCUACUUCCUCAACUCCAUCGGCCUCUUCUACCAUGUGGCCGCGCGCUCCGUGUCCUCCCUGGGACUCGUGCGCACCGACUACCUCUCGGUGCGCCCCGGCGAGUCGGCCCUGUCCGCCGUGCCCCUCAUCCGCCGCGCCGUCGCCACGGAGACGGCCGUCGCCGUGGUCACCGAGGACGGCCACCUCGUCGGCGAGAUCUCCCCGGCCCUUCUCGCGGCCUGCGACGAGACGGCGGCCGCAGCCAUCGCCACGCUCUCGGCGGCGGACCUCAUGGCCUACGUCGACUACUUCGGGUCGCCGCCGGAGCACAUCUUGCGCGCCGUCAAGGCCGGGCUGAAGGACAAGGGCCUCGAUGCCAUGCUCGCGCUGAUCGAGGACGAGACGCUGUCGUCGUUCUCCUCCGCGUCCUCGUCCUCCGACGAGGAGGCGGCGGGCCGGGCGCAGCUGAGGCGCCCGUCGUCGGGGAGCUACGGGCGGCGGUCGGCUGAGGAGCCGGUGGUGUGCAGCCCCGCGAGCUCACUGGUGGCCGUCAUGGUGCAGGCCCUCGCGCACCGGGUGAGCUACGUGUGGGUCCUCGACGAGGACAACGACUGCCGCCUCGCUGGCAUCGUCACGUUCGCGGACGUGCUGAGGGUGUUCCGGGAGCAGCUGCUGUGAGAUCUGAAGAGUGUUUGCUGUUUCCUCGCUCGCAUUUUGUGGUGUAAUGAAAUAUGUAGAAAGAGCAUGAGCUGUUGUCAUGGACCAAGUGCCUUGGUUUUCUGAAACAUUUUGAUUUCAUCAUGUUGAAGUAUGUGUUUGCUUGCUUGGUUGACCUUGAUGUGCUUUAAUAAUGGAUCCGUCUAGCUCACCUGUGUGAGCCUUCA